AUGCUCCCCCUCCCGCGCGCAAUAGCGCGCCCGCUGCGCUACUAUUGCGCCGCGACCGUCUACCUUUCCACCAUGGGCCUCGUCGGCUCGGCCGCGACGUUCGUGUCGCUCGUGCUGAACGCGAUAGGCCAGGGGUACAUGACGAACUACUACGUCGCGCGCAUAUUCUACAUCGUCGCGAGCCGCGUGAUGGGCGUGAAGGUCCGCGUCGAGGGCGCGGAGUACCUCGAGCGCGACGACAUCGACAGCGCGGGGCGGAUGAAGGCGGACCAGACGGGCGUGACGACUGGCCCGGCGAUAGUCAUGAACAACCACCAGUCGAUGCUCGACAUCCUCGUCGUGGGCAAGACGUUCCCUCGGCAGACCACAAUGAUCUCGAAGCAGUCAAUCAUGUUUACGCCGCUCGGGCCGUUCAUGCUGCUCGCCGGCUGCAUAUUCAUUGACAGGGCGAACCCCACCGCCGCUCGGAAGAGCUUGCACGAGGGCGUUCAAACGAUGAAGAGGCAUAGAUUAGGCGUCUGGAUCUUCCCUGAAGGCACCCGGCAUCAGUCCCCCACCCCAUCCAUGCUCCCGCUCAAGAAAGGAGGCUUCCACACCGCCGUCGAGGCCCAAAUACCCAUCAUCCCCGUCGUGACCGAAAACUACUGGUGGGCAUACCGCCAGGGCGUCUGGGGCUUCGGCGAAGACGGCCCGAACGAGUUGCGCGUCAAGGUCCUCCCGCCCAUCCCCACCGCCGGCCUGACGAUCGACGACAUCCCCGAGCUCGUCACGCGCGUGCGCGACCAGAUGCUCGUCGCGCUCCGCGAGAUCAGCCGCGACGGCCCCGCGCCGCGCGCGGACGACAAGACCGCGCAGCUCAGCGUCGGCCCCGCGCCCGAGAAGAGCCCGCUGCCCAGCCCGCCGCCCGAGGAGGCGCCGAAGCCCGUGGAGGGCAGCGCGCCGAGUGAGAGUGGGUCGAAUGGGACGGAGGAGGAUGAGGGAAUGGUGCUUGUGGGGCGGCCUGAGUAG